AUGACAACGAAAUUGGUGUUGGUCGUGGUGGGCAAGGGUGACCAGUUGUUGUAUGAGACCAACCUGACAAAAAAGAAAGAGGACAUGACAGUUAUAAGUACAGACCACCUGCAAUGUCUGGCAGCUCUGGAACCUACCGAGUCACAACUAUGGACGCAGUCUCAGACCUAUCUCAAAGUGGUUGACAGAAUACUUGGAUCAUCAGUAUCGUGCUUUGUGGGCCCAAACUACACCAAGAUAUUAUUAUUGCACAGACCUCUGAAGCCUGAGGAGGCGAUUAAGCACUUCUUCAAUGAUCUUUACGAACUUAUUUUGAAGAUUCAGCUGAAUCCCUUUUAUGAGUUUAAUUCUCCUUUUUACUCCCCAGCACUCGAAGCUAGAGUACAAGCAUUAGCCGCCAAGCAUUUACAUUAG